UCGCAGCUGGAAUCUCGAGUGGAGCGCCCCGUCCGUAUUGUCUGAGUGAAGAAACAGAGGGUGGUGGGCAAGGAUAGACUGUAGACGACGCCGCUGUUGCUAUUGUACUUCGCUUGGGAAGCACCCUCGGGGAAACAACGGCAAGUAAAUUCGUUGACAAUGACAAUAGCGAUAUCAUCAUAAAUAUAGGAAUUAGAAAAUAGGAUUGAAAAAGUAAAUCAAUGGUACAGAAAAGUAGUAUGUCCAGGACGCCUUCGACCUCAACCCAGGAGAUCCAAAUGGACAUGUUUGAUCAACAUCCUCACACACAGGGAAAGUAUUCCAAACGGAAGAGCCGCUUCAAGCGCUCCGAUGGAAGCACUUCCUCUGACACCACCUCCAACAGCUUUGUCCGGCAGGGCUCUGCCGACUCCUACACCAGCCGGCCGUCGGACUCAGAUGUGUCCCUGGAGGAGGACCCAGAGGCGCUGCGGAAGGAGGCAGACCUACAGGCCCUCGCCACCCUCGAGAAAGCAAAGACCAAACCAGUAGCCUUCGCUGUGCGGACGAAUGUGGGCUACAACUCUGGGCCCAAUGACGACGUCCCAGUGCAGGGCAUGGCCAUCUCCUUUGAAGCCAAAGACUUCCUACACAUCAAAGAGAAGUACAAUAAUGACUGGUGGAUUGGGCGUCUGGUGAAGGAGGGCUGUGAGGUGGGAUUCAUCCCCAGCCCAGUCAAACUGGAGAACACCAGGCUACUGCAGGAGCAGAAGAUGAGACAGAACCGCCUCAGCUCCAGUAAAUCUGGUGGCAGCUCCAGCCUGGACGUUGCCACUGGAACACGCAGGCCCACCCCUCCUGGCACAGCUCAUGUGGACAUGUCCACGAUGGCAUUUGACUUUGACCCCCUGGACCUGGAUGCUGAGGAGCCCCCUGAGCCCCAGGGUGACCCUCGCUCCCCCAAGGGCAGUGCAGGCAGCGUCACCUCCCCCCAGGGCCAAAUCCACCGCCUGCCCUUCUUUAAGAAGAUGGAGCAUGUCCCCCCGUACGACGUGGUCCCCUCCAUGAGACCCAUCAUUCUAGUGGGGCCGUCACUGAAGGGCUACGAGGUGACUGACAUGAUGCAAAAGGCUCUCUUUGACUUUCUCAAGCACAAGUUUGAGGGCAGGAUAUCCAUCACCCGGGUGACCGCAGACAUCUCCCUUGCCAAGCGCUCGGUCCUCAACAACCCCAGUAAACACACCAUCAUCGAGCGCUCCAGCACCCGCUCCAGCCUGGACGUACUGGCGGAGGUGCAGAGUGAGAUUGAGCGAAUCUUUGAGCUGGCCCGCACCCUGCAGCUGGUUGCCUUAGACGCAGACACCAUCAACCACCCCUCUCAGCUGGCUAAGACCUCCCUGGCUCCUAUUAUUGUCUACAUCAAAAUAGCCUCACCUAAGGUCCUCCAGAGGCUCAUUAAAUCCCGGGGGAAGUCCCAGGCCAAACACCUGAAUGUGCAGAUGGUGGCAGCAGACAAGCUGGCCCAGUGCCCCCCUGAGCUGUUUGACAUCAUCCUGGAUGAGAACCAGCUGGAGGAUGCCUGUGAGCAUCUGGCUGACUACCUGGAGGCCUACUGGAAGGCCACCCACCCCCCCAGCAGUAACCCCCCCAACCCCCUCCUCAACCGCACCAUGGCCACGGCCGCCCUGGCCGCCUCCCCAGAGCCCGUCUCCAACCUGCAGGUACAGGUGCUCACCUCCCUGCGCCGCAACCUGGAGUUCUGGCCCGGCCUGGAUGGCCCCGGGGCCGAGCAUGGGAAAGUGGCCGAGCACGCCCUCUAAAGGCCAGCUGUGGGGGACGGGGGAUGGCUCAGGGGGAGCGACACCGCCUUCCUAACCCAAACCCGUCUGCCUGCUCUUCAGAUAUAUCUCCUCCCAUCCUCCAUCUCUCCAUCCCUCCCUUUGACCUGAAAUAAGAAACCUAAUCACAUUGUUUAGACCACAUUCUCAUUCAUAAUGGCUUUGUGGUCCUUCUGUAGCUCAGUUGGUAGAGCAUGGCACUUGUAACGCCAGGGUAGUGGGUUCGAUUCCCGGGACCACCCAUACGUAGAAUGUAUGCACACAUGACUGUAAGUCGCUUUGGAUAAAAGCGUCCGCUAAAUGGCAUAUAUAUUAUUAUUAUUAUAAUACUGUAUAGAGAAACACUACAUACAUGGAGAGAUGGAGGGUGCUGUUAACUGGAGAGUGUAUACUGGGUCCAUCACAUUGGAUCCAAUUGAGCACAGACAUUCAUAUUCACACACACACACAUCAGAGUGCUCAGAACAAUAUAGGCCCCACACAUUACUGUGAAAGCCUUCUGCAUUAGAAAACACCCACACACAAACAGAGAGCUUCGUCCUCUUCGAGAAAACCUCUCUGCAAAUGACACAGUAUGUUAGAGCAACACACACAGCAAAAUUAGCAAAGGAGAGUUUAUAUGGGCAGGACACUGGUUCCAGACCAAACCAACACUGGGGAGGGUUUUCUGUGAGAAUAACACACACACACAAUCACAUUGGAGUUGUGAAAUGAAUUGACGGGCGCAGUUAUUGGAUGAAAUGAAAAUCCUCCAUCUGUCCAUCAGUCAGAGAGGUACAAUACCUCUGUCUCUGGUCUGCUGCUGAUUCCUUGUUUACUGUAAUUGGUUGAGAAAAUGGAGUUGUGUGCCCCUUACCCAACCUCAGGGCUCCCUGCCUGGCCUCCUUUCUUCAGCACUCCUUUAUCGUCUGGGAAACGGUGUCCAGUUUACUUCCCUUCUCCGUGUUGCCAUGGCACCGUCCCUGAAAAGGAGCGAAUCAUCUCGGCCGCUUGGCCAAUGUGUGCCUUGUUGUUGUGGCAUCAUUUCUAGUUUUCUGAUUUGUGUGGCGUGGCAGGGAUGGGCUGUGUGUGUGUGUGGGAGAGCAUGCAUAUGCGUGCGCGCGCGUGCGUGUGUGUGUGUGUGUAAAGUGAUGUGGGCCAUGACUAAUAGGAAUGUCCUAUUUCAUGAAUUCACACAGGAAACUCUAACCAGCAGUAAAAUGAUAAUCUGGGUCUCAUCUCCAAUCAACCACUGGCUUCAGCCAAAUACAUACAGCAUGACUCAUGACUGUCAUAGUCCAAGACCUUGUAAAAGUGUCCAAGUUGCUUCCGUAUAUCAAUGAGUUAUACCCACAUAAUUGAUUUAAUCGUGUUCAUUUAGAGAUAAAGGCACUAUUAUGAACAGUGCUUUCUCUGAUUCAGUAGGUCAUAUUUUAUAUGGUGCGGCUGGCUGUACAUUGCCUGAAGUCAGCGCGUCAAUUCCGCCUGCACUGAUCUGUCUCGGCUGAGGGCCGAGCGUCGCGUGGGAGUUAACACAAUCUGACAAAAGAGAAUGGCGGCUGUAUAGAUUCAUUAGAAUUCAUUCAGUUGGAGGAGAUUUUGUUCAGUUAUUAUUUAACUGUCAAUGGGUGUGACAUGCUUGUGAAUGAAAAAGAGAUAUCACAAUUAGUUGAAACAUCAUUUUAGCUGCUGUGAAAAAUCAGCCAUAAGAGGGCACUGUUGGUUUUGCAGCCAGGAGCUGAACAUGGUGACUGCAUGAACAUGGUGACUAAUGACUGCAUAGCUGUUUGUCUUACAGAUGAUGAAUGAACACAUUUCUGUAGUCUAUGGAAAAGAGUCUGCGUGCAUGUAUUAAAUACAAAAAAGAAUGUCACUUUGACCAAGUAAUUAUUUACACGGUGUGUUUUAAGUACUGCAUAAAUAUAUCAAUUGUUAUACUGUAAACCUCUAUGUGUUGCAUUGUGAACUGACUGACUGACAUUACUGAUAUCAUGUUUGAUCUAACUGCACCCUAACCUGUCCUAACCCUGUUGACUAACCCACUGCCCGGGCCUUGUUCUGUCUCACUGUGUCUCUGCAUGGCGUGUGGUGUGGGCGGGGCUCGCUGCAGGGGCCGUACCUGGUGACCGGAGAACAGAAGCGGGAAGGGCCUCUGUCGGAGUGCGGUGGUAGCGGCAGUCUCCAUGACUACCAGAGUGACCAGGGAGGGAAGCAGCAACCGCAGCAGCAGAAGCAGCAGA